AUUUGUUGUCCCCUAAACAGCCACUGUCGUUACUGUAAGCAGGCUCUGCUUGCGCGACGGGAACGUGACUCCGGCGCUGCGUGGUGUCGCUCUCAGGACGGGGCAGGAUCGUGGGUGGGGGGUGUGUACGUGUGUGCGUUCGGGGGCUGCUGUGGCAGUCGGUCGCCCGUAGAAGAGCCCCUAGCGUCAGACGCCAGUACUGGCUCCGCUGCUCGCUCCGAUCCACAUCGCGACCAUCGCAGCGCUGUCGCGGCUGAAGUCCGGCGUGUGGACAGGGACCCGUCUCCUCCUCCGUGCGCGAAGCGGACCGCAGCGGCCACGAGCCCCGACACCCCUCCGCACUCCGGCGUCUCCACCGCAGGGCCUCUUCAGUUCACGGGAGGGGAGGGAAAGAAGUGGGUGUUCGCUGCUCACUGUGUCGGCAGCAGCAGCGGCGGCGGCGGCGGAGAGCGCAACGCGGCGCAGCGCAACGAAGUGUCCUCGAUGGCCGGCUGGAAGGACGGAUCGGUGCAGGAGAAGUACCGCCUGGUGGUGGUCGGAGGCGGCGGCGUCGGGAAAUCAGCCCUGACCAUCCAGUUUAUCCAGUCGUACUUCGUCACCGACUAUGACCCCACGAUCGAGGACUCCUACACCAAACAGUGUGUGAUUGACGAGCGGCCGGCCAGGCUCGACAUCCUGGACACGGCUGGACAGGAAGAGUUCGGAGCCAUGCGAGAACAAUACAUGCGGACGGGGGAGGGCUUCCUGCUCGUCUUCUCAGUCACCGACAGAGGAAGUUUUGAAGAAAUCUACAAAUUCCAAAGGCAGAUUCUUCGAGUCAAAGACAGAGAUGAAUUCCCCAUGAUCCUUGUAGGAAACAAAGCAGACCUGGAGCUACAGAGACAAGUAACCCAGGAGGAGGGUCAGCAGCUGGCCAGACAGCUGAAGGUCACAUACAUGGAGGCGUCAGCCAAAAUCCGUAUGAACGUAGACCAGGCUUUCCAUGAGCUGGUUAGAGUAAUCAGGAAAUUCCAAGAACAGGAAUGUCCCCCGUCGCCAGAGCCCACGAGGAAAGAGAAAGACAAGAGCGGCUGCCACUGUGUGAUCGUCUGACUGGGCCUUAUCACUGUAACUCAUGCAGCUCCUCUGCACCCCCACCCACUCUGCCUGACAUCGCGUCCCCAGGGGAUGACUGACCGCUGCCUUCUCCACGUGCAUGACUUCAGACCGCCUUCUCUGAGACACAGGAAGGGGCGUCACCAUGGACAACUGACAAUGCCAAAUUCUAACACCACUCUACCUUCAGCCAUGAUCGAAUUCACACGAGAGUCCCAACACUAAACAUUGCCUUUUAAUCACCUGACAAAUUAAUGUUUUGUACUUUGAAGGACUCCUCUUGCCUUGUAGUGACGUUUGUCUUUGCUACCGAGAUUGAAUGAAACUUCGCAUAUAUCAAGAAUGUUAAUGACUUUCUUUAGGUUCCAGCGUCUGGCCAGAGCAGAGAGAUUAUUCUGAAGCUUCGUGUAUGUUGUGCCAUAUUCACCUUUAAUCCCACGUGCUAAUCUGCUACUGUACAUAAGUGACAUUUGUUGUGAUUUUCGAAGUGUAUUUCUAAUGAACUAUUAAAUCACCACAGUACAGUGUGUGAGGUUGACUUUGGUUUUACAUAUAUGAAAGUAAAGAUAUAAGUCUGUAUAUAACUAUAAUGCCUAGACAGCCCUUAAAGCUACAGUGAUAGCGCUUCUGGUGUUCUGCUGUGGAUUUUUUACGUUCUGCUUUCAUCUCACCUGCCAGUUAUGGAGCGUCUACUGUAUUAGAGUUUUAAAGUCUUACGGACCGGAGGAAUCGCUCUGCACCGUCUCCUCCGUGUGCUGAGAGUAGCCAGCUCGUCCUCGCGUCUCCCCUCGGAGGUGGCAGCUCGGUCCACUCGCGCCGUGUCGCCUCAGCGCCGGGGACAGGGUCAUCGGUAGCACAUUGUGUAGCUUUAAACUGUAACAGGACCCUGACGGCGGCGUCGAUCUGUUGGAGUUGUGUCAACGGAUCGGGACGCUGCCGGAGCGCGUGCCGGUUCAGAUGGUUCUGUAGUCUGCAGUAUAGAGCACAUCACUGUUUCUUCAUUCCAGUAACACAGUGGCAACGCAUUUGUUUGUGUCCUUGAAUUCUUCUGUUACACAACCCCCCCCCCCCCCAAUGACCUGACAGUUGAGCAACUAGGACAAGUGGAGCAUUGAGAUGCCGUAACGCCCCCCUCUCCUAUGGGACAUGAACUCACCGGACCUGCCGCCUGUGGAGCAUCGCCACCACAGACAAAGCACUGUUCUGCCUCCCUUUCCUCGCCUGUACUUCUGUUCUGGCAUCCUAAUGAAGUACCGCGCUUUGUUUCUCAUAUCAUCAUGGUGUAAUAUAAACAGGAGAAUCAGAUGGUGGAAGUAAUGGACUUGAUUAAAUGUUUCUACGCUACUUUUAUACAUUAUUUUCUUAUCAAACUGGUAGACAAGUAUUUUUAUAUGUUUAUAAGUGAAUACAUGUUCACAGCACGGCUGUGUAUAUAUGUAAAGAGGAAUAUUUAAUUCUCUUAUUUGAAAAUGAAGAUGACUGUUGGCCCAAAAUUUGAAAAAAUUGGAUUCUUCGCCCCGGUGUCAGGAGUGCUUUUCCUAUUGUGCUAAGUGAUGAAGAAUAUAUUUAUCUUGAGGUUCACCAAAAGCUCACAGUGUAAAAUGCCAGGUCAGGCGGGAGAGCACUUCAGAAAUGACCCUGGUCUCUGCAUAGUCUAGUGUGCAUCCAAACCACACUGUUUGUUGUUUUCUUUUAUUUUCUUCUUCCAUGUCAGUGUCUUUUGCCCUGUGUCUAGCUUUUGGUGCUAAAUAAAGUCUGUCGUUGAGCCAGA